AUGUCGUUCCAUCGCUACAGACCCCGUCUCCCCGGCGGAGAGUUGGCUCCGAUGCCGUGGCCGGUGUCCUUGUACCGUGUCCUGAACCACGUCGCCUGGCCCCUGGAGGCGGAGUCGGGGCGCUGGACCGUUUUCCUGGACAGGUUGACGAUUUUUCUCGGCUUCCUGGUCUUCUGCGAGCACAAUGAGGUGGACUUUCAUUACCUGAUAGCCAAUCGGCAGGACAUGGACAACCUGCUGACGGGCUUGCCCACAUAUCUGAUCCUGGUCGAGAUGCAGAUACGCUGCUUCCAGUUGGCCUGGCACAAGGAUCGCUUCCGGGCCCUGUUGCAGCGCUUCUAUGCGGAAAUCUACGUAAGCGAGGAGAUGGAACCCCACUUGUUUGCCAGCAUUCAAAGGCAAAUGCUGGCCACACGGGUCAAUUCGACCGUCUAUCUGCUGGCCUUGUUCAAUUUCUUUCUGGUUCCGGUGACGAAUGUCAUUUACCAUCGUCGAGAAAUGCUCUACAAGCAGGUGUACCCUUUCGACAACACCCAGUUGCACUUCUUUAUUCCACUCCUGGUGCUCAACUUCUGGGUGGGCUUCAUCAUCACCAGCAUGCUGUUCGGCGAGCUAAAUAUCAUGGGCGAGCUGAUGAUGCAUUUAAAUGCUCGAUAUGUUCAGCUUGGCCAGGAUCUCCGUCGCUCAGCACAGAUGUUGCUGAAGAAAAGAAGCUCCUUAAACGUGGCCAUCGCUUACCGGUUAGUUUUGACCCACAUCCUGCGAAGAAACGCAGCUCUGAGGGAUUUUGGCCAGCGGGUGGAGAAGGAGUUCACCCUCAGAAUAUUCGUAAUGUUCGCCUUUAGCGCCGGACUGCUUUGUGCUCUGUUCUUCAAGGCAUUUACGAAUCCCUGGGGAAAUGUGACUUAUAUUGUGUGGUUCCUGGCAAAGUUUAUGGAGUUACUGGCCCUGGGAAUGCUCGGGUCAAUUCUUCUUAAAACAACAGAUGAACUGGGUAUGAUGUACUACACCGCUGACUGGGAGCAGGUGAUUCAUCAGUCGGACAACGUUGGCGAGAAUGUCAAGCUGAUGAAACUGGUGACCCUGGCCAUCCAACUGAACUCGAGACCCUUCUUCAUCACUGGCCUUAAUUAUUUUCGAGUUAGUCUCACUGCUGUGCUGAAAAUCAUUCAGGGCGCCUUUUCCUACUUCACGUUCCUAAAUUCGAUGCGAUGA